UUCAAAGGUGGUUAACUCGGCUCACUUGAACUGACCACACAACCGACUAGUACCAAGCUGGUCGGAUUUGAAAGAGGAUCACCGAUUUAUAGAAAUGACCUAGAGGCCUUACAGAUACAUUUGUGCUUUUGUCGCUCUUCUAAUCUGCAUUUUGUGGAGGAGAAGGGGUGAGAUCUGGGAGCACAUUUUUGUUUCCGCAGUGAUUAAUAACUACCUCAGCCAGCAGAAGGAAACGGCGAGGACGUUGAGGAGGCCGGCAAAGUUUCCAACAGCAGUCCUAUCAGCUGGCUUCUGCUCACCGCCACAGACGGUGUGAAGAGAAUCUCUGAGGGACUGGUUGUCUGCCCUCCGCUCUGCUCCAUACACACAGAGAGGAAGUGAAGUGACAAGGCACCAUUGUCCUACUGGAUAACAGAUUUUGUCUCUUUUUAUUAUCAGACUCCUUGCUGUUGACCAGUGCCACAUUUCUUUUCAGAUUCUUCGCUUUGUUUUUUGCUUACAGCUUUUAAAGAUUUUCUAUCUAUAAAUAUAAAAACUAUAUACGUUAUACAAAAUGACAUUUUCUGCUUCCAUUUGAAGGAAUUGUUAUGCACAUGAAUCUUGUCUUGGAAUGAGAGAAUCGUGGAGUGUUUUCAGUUUUUUGCUCUGUCCUCUCAUAAACCAUUGACUCCUUUUUGAGGCAGAAAAUACAGAUUCGGGAAGGUGUAUUUCUACCUUUCUAUUUUUGCUGGGACUGUCCACCGUGAGCUGCAGCAGGGCUGCACAUAAACAUCACACUUAGUCAACAAGUCUCUACCCUGCAUCGCUCUGUUAGUUACAAAGCAUUUUGAGAUGAGCUUCUGGUAGAUGGAGCCCUUAAGUUGUCUUUUUACAUAAAUUCCAGGACUAUUGGGUUGUUUCUAUAAGAGCGUGAAAAAGAGCUUCUGUUUGGCUGAAAUCCGGAGCUUCCAGAGUCAGCCUGACACUUAUGUAUUGUUGUAGUGCGCAGGAAAGUAAAAUGGACUACAAGCGGCGCUUUUUGCUCGGCGGGUCCAAGCAGAAAGUGCAGCAGCACCAGCAGUACCAGAUGCCUGAGCUGAGCCGGACCCUCAGUGCCCCCCUGGGCUCCACCUGCUCCCCCAUGGGUGGCUCCACCGGGGUGGGCAUGCCCGGCAGCUGCCAACCACCUCCCUCCACCCCCAACACCACUGCGGUCGCCGACAUCCAGCAGGGCAUCUCCAAGUACCUGGAUGCACUGAAUGUGUUCUGCCGGGCCAGCGCCUUUCUCACGGACCUGUUCAGCAGCGUGUUCAGGAACUCCCACUACUCGAAAGCAGCUAUGCAACUUAAGGACGUGCAGGAACAUGUCAUGGAGGCGGCCAGCCGGCUGACUGCAGCAAUAAAGCCAGAGAUCGCCAAGAUGCUGAUGGAGCUGAGCGCUGGGGCUGCCAACUUCAAAGACCAGAAUGACUUCAGCCUGCAGGAUGUGGAGGUGCUGGGUCGGUGCUUCCUAACAGUGAUGCAGGUGCACUUCCAGUUCCUAUCCCAGGCCCUGCAGAAGGUGCAGCCUGUGGCCCAGUCAUGCCUGGCAGAGGCCCUCGCCCAGGCCCAGGAGCGACGCAGCAAUGUCCGCUCCCAGAGCUCCUACCCUGGGCCCCUGACGGAGCUGGAGGAGGCCUCACGAUCAUGGAAGGGUGCAGCCGAGGCCACGGGACGUCUGAGGGAGAGGGGACGUGAUGGCUGCCUGGCAGGCAUCCAGGUCCAGCAGCUCUUCUGUUCCAACAACCCCAACAUCCCUGAUCACCAUCUGAAGGAGCUCAACAUGAAGAUCGACAAUGCCUUACAGGCUUAUAAAGCAGCACUAGAAAGUAUGGGCCACAGUGAAUAUGCACUGAAGGCUGGCUUUCACCUCAAUCCCAAAUCUGUGGAGGCAGCUUUACAGGGUUGCUGCAGUGAGGCAGAGGCCCAGCAGGCUGGCAGGAUGCAGACCAUCUCCCAGCCCAUUCAAUGUGAGCUGCCCACCAUCCCUGUGCAGAUUGGCGCCCACUUCCUCAAAGGAGUGUCCUUCAACGAGUCAGCGGCUGACAACCUCAAACUGAAAACGCACACCAUGUUGCAGCUCAUUAAAGAGGCAGUGGGGCAGAACGGAGUGACCCCCCGGGACGACUCCCCCGUCACUGAGGUCCUCAACCAGGUCUGCCCUUCCAGCUGGAGAAUGGCCUGCAAGACCGCCGUCCAGUUACUGUUCGCUCAGGCGGGACUGGUGGUUGUUGACACUGCUCAGAUCGAGAACAAGGAAGCCUAUGCUCCACAGAUUGCUCUGGAGGGCUCCAGAGUUGUGGUACAAGUACCCUCCACAUGGUGCCUGAAAGAGGACCCAGCCACCAUGUCUCUGUUGCAGCGGAGUCUGGACCCAGAGAAGACCCUCGGCCUGGUGGACGUGCUAUAUACCGCCGUCUUUGACAUCAAUAGGUGGAAGGAGUGCAAAGAACAGGCCUUGCCUACCAUUCAGAUGCAGUUACAGCGGGAGAGCCCUGACUACGGGAUGCAGGUAGACCUGCCUUCUGGAAAUGGCUCCAAAGCCUACAGUGGCCUGCCCAAAACUAUCUCCAAGCUAACUUCCAAAUUCACAAAGAAGGCCUCUUCCAGCUCUGUGUCCAGUGGUGGGGGCAGCUACUCCAUCCCCAGCACCCCGUCCCAUAGCAUGCUCUCUAGCAGCAGCUCUGAAGACAAGCAGUUCAAGAGCCUGGGCCACGCAGUAGACGGGAGACUGCAGAGCAUCUUACAGCUAGGCAACCUGUCCAGCAACCUCGACCCCACCCAGCCCCAGAACGGUUCAGUGUGUGAUGACCAGGGCAUGAACCUCCCCACGGACCAGGAGAUGCAGGACGUCAUUGACUUUCUCUCAGGUUUCAACAUGGGCAAGUCCCAGCAAGCCUCCCCACUGGUCAAAAGGAGGAACUCUGUAGCGUCUGCCAACGCCGCCGAGCUGAAGCCCCCGAGCGGCGCCACCGACCGAACCCCAAUCUCCCAAGCGGUCUCCCACAGUUCACUGCAGCCCCCUACCCAGAGUAUGCCGCAGCAGCAGCAGCCACCACCACCGCAGCAGCCCUCCCAGCAGGCACUGCAGUACUACCAACACCUCCUCCAGCCUAUUGGGCAGCAGCAGCAUGCUCCACCUCAGCUGCCCUCCCAACAGCCUCCACCCCAGGCUCUUCCCCAGCAGAGAAUGCCAAGUAAGUGGCUGAGUGGUUCCAGCCAGCAGCAGCCUCAUCCCCAGGGCCCCCCUCCCCCAGCAGGGCUCUCCCCCCUGGGGCCCAUUGGCCAGUGGGGCUCACCUGGCCUCCCAGACCUGAGCUCGGACCUGUACAGCCUGGGGCUGGUCAGCACCUACAUGGACAGUGUCAUGUCUGAGAUGCUGGGGCAGAAACCACAAGGUCCUCGCAACAACACCUGGCCCAACAGGGACCAGAACGAGGGUGUGUUUGGGGUGCUGGGAGACACUUUGCCCUUUGACCCUGCAGUUGGUUCUGACCCCGAGUUUGCGCGUUACGUUGCCGGAGUCAGCCAGGCCAUGCAGCAGAAACGGCAGGUGCAGCAAAUCCGUCGACCCAGCAACACCCGCGGCAACUGGCCCGUCUCUGAUGAGCAGCACAGGACCUGGUCCCACCCAGAGUACUACAGCGAAGGGGAGGCGGUCAACAGCAGCUGGUCAGCCAAUCAGGGAGACUCUGCCAGCUCCAGUGAUGAGACAUCCUCAGCCAAUGGGGACAGCUUGUUCUCCAUGUUCUCUGGACCUGAUCUUGUUGCCGCCGUCAAACAAAGAAGAAAACACAGCUGUGGUGAGCAUGAGGUGUGUACCCUGCCCUCUCCUCCCCUCCAUCACUUGGGAGAUGAUAAUAACCAGGAAAGCAAAACAAAAACUUGGCCGCCAAAGGCCCCAUGGCAGCACUCCGCUCACACUCAACACAACACCAUGCCCAAUCCAAGCUCUUCCCUGUACCAGAUGAACAUCCCUUCCAGCCAAUGGUGUGAUUCCAUGCAGAUGUUACAGUCGCCGGUGUGGUCCACUGCCAGUGACUGCCCUCCCUCCACCGGGAUCUCCUCUGGCUUCUCUCACUACACCCAGCAGCAACAGCAGCACAAACCCAUCAGCAAGGGCUUUAAAUCCUUCCCCAUCAAACAUGAGCACAGGCCCUCCUACCUUCACCAGUACUGAUACAGACCAAACAAAUGAGUCCAUUGGUAUGGUAAAAUAUUAAUAAUAUAAAAUUGAAUUGUUCAUACUGGCUUAACAUUUUAUGUAUUUUUCCAUUGCCCCCUAUUUGAAAGACAGUCUAAACUGCAUGUCCUACUGGCAGCAGAUAGUAUAAACUUUAUCAGGCAGACUGUUUCCUCAGACAUGCAUGGCCAUCAUCCACUUUUCUUCUCCUUCUGAAAAUGUAAGGGAUAAGAUUGUAGGGGGUGGGCUCUAAACGAGACACUCCAAUUUCCCCCAUAAUUCUAUGCUGUAACUGCCAAAUCUCAUGUAAGAUGACUCAGACUACAGCUAACAUCUACUGUUCCAUAGCUUGUAAAUUACUGAAGUUGAAAUAUAAAUAAUAAUUUACUACUUUUUAUUAAGAGGCUUUGAGCAGGCUCAGCAUACAUAAAACAUUGCAAUUGAAAAAAAUAACUUUCAGCAACUGACAGAGUAAAAAAUAUAUAGCAGUAACUAUGUGCCAUGUUGGUAUUAAUAGCACUUUCACAAUAUUAUUUUCCAACCAAAGCGUUGUUCAGAAGAUAAAUGGUGCUGAGAGAAGUCAGAUUAAAGUUACGAGUCCUAGGGAAAGUCUUUGAUCAAAACGCGCAUUCAUUUCCUUUUCUUUCCCCGAUUUGGCAGUUCGCUUCAGAAUGACUAACUCAUAAACCUAAUGUUUGUUCCUUUUAAAAUACAAUAUUUUCGUGUACAAAUAUUGACAGUAUUAAUCUUAUUUUUGUAUUUUCUUACAUGUUAUACCAUAUUACAACCCCCCCCCCCCCCCCAAGAUAUGAAGGCACAUUAAUUUCUUUAGUACAGAGUUUAACUACACCAUAUAUCUAAAGGUUACCAAAUAUGCCAUUAUAAACACUAAAACAUUGAGUAGGGUGUUUUUUAGCCCAUGUUUCUAUGGCUACGGGCUGUAUUUAAAUGCCCAGAAUGUUAAAUUUUUGAUGUUUGCGGAUGCCAAUGUUGCCUGUAUUUAUGAAAUGACACCAUGUUUUCUGAAAACUAACAUACUUACCAUGUUUACAGAGAUUUGUUUGCUGUAUAUACAUAAAUAUAUCUUUUUAUAGUUCUGUGCUUUGCACAAUCAAAAUAUAGGGUGUGUUGCUUUGUCUGUGUUUCCCAAACUUUUGCUGCCUUUUUUCUCAUCUUUAUAGACCUUGGACUGUAACCAUUAGCAUCUUUCAGCUGUGUCAAAAUGGUUAACUAGUGGCAUCUACAAAAAAAAAAAAAAAAAAUGUUACCCUGACAGAA